GCACAAAAAAACAAAGACAAAAAACCUCCAAGCUCCCUUCAGUAGUUGCUACACCUUCAGAUUGAGACAUCCUUCCUCAUUUACAAACCUCAGCUGUGUCUGGGGGCGGGGCCACAGUGAAACUGCCAGGAGCAAAAAGGCUUCCAAGAAAAAGUACCACAUCAGAUUGGAAACUGGGGACAGAUCAUUCCUGGGAUGUGACGGGCACCAGAAUGCUCCCUCUCCAAAGGAUCUAAGGACCAAAGCUGACAGUUUCUUUACUUGCAGGUAGCUGACAGCAUCUACUCCUGAAGACCGGAAACAUGGCUUGUACCAUCCAAAAGGCAGAAGCACUUGACGGGGCUCAUUUGAUGCAGAUCCUCUGGUAUGAUGAGGAAGAGUCUCUCUACCCAGCUGUAUGGUUGAGAGACAACUGCCCGUGCUCUGAUUGCUACCUGGAUUCUGCAAAAGCACGGAAACUUCUAGUGGAAGCUCUUGAUGUGAACAUUGGAAUUAAAGGCUUGAUAUUUGACAGAAAAAAGGUGUACAUCACAUGGCCCGAUGAGCAUUACAGUGAAUUCCAGGCUGAUUGGCUGAAGAAAAGAUGCUUUUCCAAGCAGGCCAGAGCAAAGCUCCAAAGAGAAUUGUUUUUUCCAGAAUGCCAAUACUGGGGCUCAGAGCUCCAGCUACCCACUUUGGAUUUUGAAGAUGUUUUAAGAUAUGAUGAACAUGCAUACAAGUGGCUCUCCACCCUCAAGAAAGUAGGCAUAGUAAGACUCACCGGAGCAUCUGACAAACCAGGAGAAGUUUCAAAACUUGGGAAAAGGAUGGGUUUCCUCUAUCUCACAUUUUAUGGACAUACUUGGCAAGUGCAAGACAAAAUCGAUGCAAACAAUGUGGCUUACACAACUGGGAAGCUAAGCUUUCACACUGAUUAUCCAGCCCUCCAUCAUCCACCUGGGGUUCAGCUUCUUCACUGCAUAAAGCAAACAGUCACAGGGGGUGAUUCAGAAAUUGUAGAUGGGUUUAAUGUGUGCCAAAAACUAAAGAAAAAUAAUCCUCAGGCAUUCCAGAUUUUGUCCUCUACCUUUGUGGACUUUACAGAUAUUGGAGUGGAUUACUGUGAUUUUUCUGUACAAUCAAAACAUAAAAUUAUAGAGUUAGAUGAUAAAGGCCAAGUGGUUCGCAUCAACUUCAAUAACGCAACUAGGGACACAAUAUUUGAUGUGCCUGUUGAAAGAGUUCAGCCUUUUUAUGCUGCUCUGAAGGAGUUUGUUGACCUCAUGAACAGCAAAGAAUCCAAGUUUACCUUCAAGAUGAAUCCAGGUGAUGUGAUUACUUUUGAUAACUGGCGCUUACUUCAUGGCCGGCGUAGCUAUGAAGCAGGAACUGAGAUAUCCCGCCAUCUAGAAGGAGCUUAUGCUGACUGGGAUGUGGUCAUGUCAAGGCUUCGUAUCUUAAGGCAGAGGGUCGAGAAUGGAAACUGAAGUCACCUGUAGAUAAUUUUAAUAAGAUUCCAAUGACCAUAUUUUGUGAGAUAUGGCACAUUAUUCACAGACCAUGAUCUUUGUGAUUUACAUAUAAUUUCCUUCACAAUGAACAUGUAACUUCUCUCACAAGAGUACUCUUUACUUUGUAAUCAUAUACAAUGUCAACUUUUUAGAUGUUUCACCACUCUUUUGCAAAUAAAGCAUCCUUUCUGCUCUG